AUGGAAGAUAAUGCCGAACUUCAGAGGGAAGAAAUUGAUGUUUUACAGACAAUAUUUGACAAUGAGAUUACGCUCAAGAGUGACUCGGAUCAACUGAGUGUGACGAGAUCUAUUACCAUUUCAGUGCCUGGUCCACGUUCCAUUGUCCUCCUGGUUCAUCUGCCUCAAGGUUAUCCGUCCACAGACGCCCCAGUUGCUGAAAUUUACGAGUCUUUUGGACUCACGAAUGCUCAACGAGACGAGAUCAUACAAAAUCUGACAACAAUUUUUGAACGAUCGGGUGGUCAAGUUUGUCUUUACGAGUGGAUUGAAAAUGUGAGGGAGAAAUAUACCACUAUUGAGCUGGAUACUGCUCCAGAGAAUGCCAGAGAUAACGAUAUUAAGAAAGCUGAACUUGAUGCCGUGCAAUCAUUCGAGUCGGACUCGCAAACGCUACGUCCUCGUGUUCGGACAGCGCAAUUGGUGCGUGACUUGAAACGUGAAGCAGUGAUUGCACCGCUGAUAGUGCACGGUACAGCGAUCGUUGACCGCAAAAGUACCUUCAUCGCACACGCAUGUCCUGUCAAGUGCGUUGAAGACGUACGCUCGUUUCUCGCUUUGGUGCUUGACGAUCAUAAGAUUGAGCGAGCAAUUCACAACAUGCUCGCGUAUCGCAUUAUUGGUGAAUGUAUCGUUAAGGAUAAUGAUGAGGACGGAGAGCACGGAGCUGGAAGCAAACUUUCGAACCUGCUAGAGCUGCUCAAGGCUGAGAAUGUGGCUAUCCUGGUGACGCGAUGGUACGGUGGUAUAAAGCUUGGUCCUGAUCGCUUCAAGCACAUUAACGCAUGCGCUCGACUAGUACUGGAAGAAAACGGGCUUUUGAACGAGGCAAAUCUCCACCACGGCACCAGGAAGAAAAAGAAGAGGUAA